AACGAAACGCCCAUAAACUACGGACACCACAGAGGGACAAAAUGCCUUUCCCACUACCGUUCACCUUUAGCAGUUAGCUUCUUGAUUAAAAUGGCAUCGUUUAUUAUAAAACCUGCUCACGUCCGUUGUGCUGUAAGGACAUGCAGGCUCAUAAGCGAGCAUCGGACAAGAAACACAUUGUGUUUAAGCAGAAGUUAUGCCACUGAAGAAGACUCCAGGGUACCCAAAAUAUACACCAAAACUGGAGACAAAGGUUUCUCAAGCACAUUUACAGGAGAAAGGCGGCCAAAGGAAGAUCAUAUUUUCGAAGCCUUGGGAAAUACAGAUGAGCUGUCAUCAGCUAUAGGCUUGGCUCGGGAAUUUUGCCUUGACAAAGGUCACACCUUCACAUAUCAGCUGGACAAGAUACAGUGCAUUUUACAAGACGUGGGCUCCAAUAUCGCCACUCCUCAAUCAUCUGCAAGAGAAAGUCACAUAAGUCGAACAAAAUUUACUGCUCAGCCAAUUUCAGAACUGGAAACCUGGAUAGAUACAUUUACUGAAGAACUGCCACCACUGACCAACUUCAUUUUACCUUCUGGAGGGAAGGGCAGCGCAGCAUUGCACCUGGCUCGGACAGUGUGUCGGAGAGCUGAACGCAGUGUUGCUCCAAUUGUGCGAUCAGGCGAGGCGGAUCCAGAUGUAGCCAAGUUUUUGAACAGAUUGAGCGACUACCUGUUCACUGCGGCCAGAUAUGCAGCCAUGAAAGAAGGCAAUGUGGAGACUGUCUACAAAAGACCUGAAUAACCAGAUUCUGACAUGAGGAAUAGACAAAGAUCUAUUUUGUUAUUGGGGAUGGUUGGUGAAUAAUGUCCAAAAUCUUUUUGUUAUCUUGAUGCAACUUUCUUCCUAUCACAAUGUGGGAACAUAAGCAGUAAUAAACUUCACAGUGGCUUCACCUUUCA